GCCCGGCCAAGCUCUAGGCCGGAACUCGGCGCGGAAUCCGGCGCCUCCCGCUUGGUUGGGCUCAGGAUGCGUGGCGGGCAGGGCGCGGCGCGGCCCCCGGUGAUCCAGUUCACCAACUGUCGCAUCCUGCGGGGCCGGGCGCUGCUCAGGGAGGAUCUGUGGGUGCGCGGGGGCCGUAUUCUGGACCCGGAGAAGCUGUUCUUUGAGGAGCGGCGCGUGGCUGACGAGCAGAGGGACUGCGGGGGCUGCAUCCUAGCGCCCGGCUUCAUCGAUGUGCAGAUCAACGGUGGGUUUGGCGUUGACUUCUCUCAGGCCACGGAGGAUGUGGGUUCGGGAGUCGCCCUGGUGGCCCGGAGGAUCCUGCCGCAUGGAGUCACCUCCUUCUGUCCCACGUUGGUCACCUCGCCACCGGAGGUUUAUCGCAAGGUCCUUCCUCAGAUCCCCGUGAAGAGUGGUGGUCCCCAUGGGGCAGGGGUCCUUGGGGUGCACCUGGAGGGCCCAUUCAUCAGCCGCGAGAAGCGGGGUGCACACCCCGAGGCCCACCUGCGUUCCUUUGAGGCCAACGCUUUCCAAGACUUGCUGGCCACCUAUGGGGGCCUGGACAAUGUCCGCAUCGUGACACUGGCCCCCGAGUUGGGCCGCAGCCACGAUGUGAUCCGGGCAUUGACGGCCCUUGGCAUCUGUGUGUCCCUAGGGCACUCAGUAGCUGACCUGGGCACCGCGGAGGAAGCCGUGCAAAGCGGGGCCACCUUCAUCACCCACCUCUUCAACGCCAUGCUGCCUUUCCACCACCGUGACCCAGGCAUCGUGGGGCUCCUGACCAGUGAUCGGCUGCCCCUGGGCCGCCACAUCUUCUACGGGAUGAUUGCUGACGGCAUACACACCAACCCUGCCGCCCUGCGCAUCGCCCACCGGGCCCACCCCGAGGGGCUGGUGCUGGUCACUGAUGCUGUCCCUGCCCUGGGCUUGGGCAAUGGCCGUCACACGCUGGGGCAGCAGGAGGUGGAGGUGGAUGGCCUGACAGCCUACGUGGCAGGCACCAACACACUGAGUGGCAGCAUAGCCCCAAUGGAUACCUGCGUCCGGCAUUUCCUGCAGGCCACAGCAGGCUGCAGCAUGGAGUCUGCCCUGGAGGCUGCGUCCCUGCACCCUGCACAGCUGCUGGGCCUGGAGAAGCACAAGGGGACCCUGGACUUCGGGGCUGAUGCAGACUUUGUGGUGCUCGACGACUCUCUCCAUGUCCGGGCCACCUACAUCUCGGGCGAGCUGGUGUGGCAGGCGGAAGAAGCCAGGCAGUGACUGAGGACCGCCGCUGGAGGGGAUGCCUAGCCCCAGCUGGACACUGUCGGCUGGGCCAUCGAGGAACUGGUCUCCAGAGAGUGGUGGGGUUCUCGGCCCGGAGGCGGCUGGCUUGGAUAAACAUGUGCCCUGUCCGGA